AUAUAAGCAACACUAACUACACCAAAAUAAAAACAACAAACAAUAGAGGAGAGCGAAACUUAGAAAUGGAGUCAUACCAACAGCCGCACCACCACUAUAAUAUGAGACCACCACAACAACAACUACAACCACAACCACAACCACAACCACCACCACCACCUUCAUUAUCAUCGGAUCCUCAUUUCUCUCACCAAUACCAACACCAACACCAACACCCUCCUCCUCCUCCUCCCUCCAACUCGUGGUUUUCCACCCAAUUUCAAUACCACCCUUCUCACUCUCCUCCUCCUCCUCCUCCGCCGCCGCAACAGCAGCAAAAUCAGUGGGGUCCACCACCACCACCACCACCACCACCUCAAUAUCCUGCGCAUCCUCACCAGUCUUAUCCUGCGCAACCCUAUCCUCCUCCUCCUCCUCCUCCCCCUCGUCCUUCCCCUCCCCCUUACUCUCAUCAGGAUUGGACAAAUGCCAAUUGGAGCCAUCAAUCAGGCUGGGAAUAUCCAGCCCAUGCCAAUGAAGAAGACUGGGCAGCCAAGGCAAGGGCUUGGGCAUCUGCCAGAUCUGCAAUGGAAAAUCAGCAUCCACAGACUCAGUUCAUGCCCGUGGUGCGGCAAGAAGAGCCAUCUCACUAUGUAAACCAGUAUGCACAACCUGUUGAAUCUCAUUAUCAAGAUGUUCAGCAAACUUCCAAUCCUACAUCUGGAUUUCAGAAUUAUCAAGGACCAGCUGCACCUAUGAAUAGGCCGCCGAUGUCUCAUCAGCAGGAGCCUGCAUCCAUCAGCUCAUAUGCUCCAGAUGCACAAUUCUCAUUUGCUGCUAAGGAUGGAGCUCUUGGUGGAGAUAUGAACACUGCAUUUCCUCGCCAUCAAGGCUCAACAAGCACUUUAGUUCAUCAGCAGGAGGUACCUUCUAGUUAUUCUUCUGUUCCAGCAGGACAAGACAAUGGCUCAAUGGGACAGCAACAUGGACACUCCUUGCAUCCUGCUGAUAGUAGAUCAAUACCAAUGGAUCAUGCUCCGUUCGCAUAUAGAAACCACUCAAUGAAUCCAAUGGAUCAACCUCUUGAGUUUGCACCAAGAUUCAGUCAUGAAAUCGACCCAAAGAUGAACUCCUAUCCUGAUUCAUCAGGACCUGUAAGAGGAACAGAAUCUGUUUCAGCUGUGUCUUCUUUGCAUGCUUGGACAGGUCCAGUUGCACCUGGCACAUCGUAUCCCCCAGUUACACCUGCAUUUCCAUUAGCACCACAGCAUGAUCCGUCUAUUGGCGUACCUCCACUUCCUGGACAACCUGCACCUCUGUUUGGCAGAGGCACAAGCUUUCAGAACGCUGUUCCAUCUAUCAGUGCACCUGUUGGUUUGGGUGCAGGAAGUUCUCUUCAUCCUAUUGCAGCUUUUUCGGCUGAUACAUAUGGGGGUCCCUUGGGUUCUGAUCGUCCCAAAAAGGCGGCAGUGCCUAACUGGCUAAGAGAAGAAAUAAUUAAGAACAAAGCUACAAUCACAAACUCCACACCGGAGCCCUUUAAAGACGAAAGUGAGUCUAAUGAAGAUGAAAUGAUUGGCAAGUCAACAUCAAAGGUUGAUCAGACAGACAGCAAAAGUGUGGAUUCAGCCAGGUCACCUGAAGAAGAGGAUGAUGACGAGGACUAUGAAGAGGCACAGAGAACUGCAACCAUCAAUCAGGAAAUUAAACGUGUUCUGACAGAAGUUCUCUUGAAGGUGACUGAUGAGCUAUUUGAUGAAAUUGCAACAAAAGUACUUAAUGAGGAUGAUCUUAGUGCUGAUGCUAUGGCUAACCUUGAGAACCAUGUCCCUAUUCACAAGGGAUCACCAACUCGUCCACCUGUCCCGACUCUUAAGGCUUCCACAAAGGUUCUCAUUCCAGUGAAAGGAAAAGAAUCCGACGGACAUGGUAGUGGGGAAUCUAGCUCCGGUACAACUGGGGCUGGAAAUGUUCUAGGUCUUGCAAAUUAUGCCUCUGAUGAUGAUGAUGUAAUACAGACUUUAAGUGCCCCCAAGUCUGAUGGGAUUGUUGUUAAUAGUGCUGGUGAGAAUGGUCAUCGGCAGCCAGAAGCUGGAGAUCUUAGGAAAAAUCUGGUUGCUACUGAAGGUGGUCGCAGUAAAGGCAGUUCAACUGGGUCUGAAGGCAACCAUGACACUCCAGCUUCUACGUUGAGUGAUCGUAGGAUAGCCAAGGAUUUGGAUGAUAAGGUUCAGAAAGCCUCUUCUAGAGGCGCAGUGUCUUUGAGUAAGAAAGAGGAUGGUGUUAUCAAUGAUGGAAAAUCCAUUGUUAAGUCUGAUGCGUCUAAGUCUACAGAUAAUGGUCGUAAAACAACUUCUAGUGCUCCAGAUGUUCCAACUGAAAAAGGACAUGUGAGGAAGUCAGCCAAAGAUGAUUCUCAGGAAAGAGAUCCCAAAAGACGCGACAGACAUGAAAGUAAGAGGAAGGACGAUUACAAGGAGAUAGAGAGUGGUAAGGAAAGAGAAAAUGAGAAGGAAGAGACUCGUGUCAGACGAGAUGAAAAGCGUCAAAAGAAGGAUAAGACAGAGGAUUAUCAUAUCUCAAGAGAAAGGUCGAAGGAGCAAGAUGAUAAACAUGGGGAGAAAGCAAGGGAAUCUGAUUCAAGAAGGAGGUCCCCUCACCUUGAAGAUAAAGAUAGCAAAAAAGAAAGGGAGAGAGACAAGAAGAGAAGCCGUAAAGAUGAUGCUGAUAAGAAAAGAGAGAAAACUAAGGAUGAGAAAGGUGAUAAAUCAAGACACAAAUCCUCAAGUGAUGCUAGUAGACACAAAAGGAGGCGUUCCUCCUCAGCUACUAGGGUUAGGAAAAAUGAGGCAAGUGCAGUAGUUUCAGGUGGAUCAGAUGAUGAAGCAUCAGAUGGCUCUAAAAGGAAGGAUCAUUCAAAACGACGAAAUUUGUCACCAUCUCCUGUCAGGUCGAGGCGAAGACAAGUCUCGCGGUCUCCUCAUAGCAAGCAUUCACAGCGCAGGCAUUCUCCUUACUCUUCUCUUGACGACAACAGGGGGAGGAGGUCGAGAUCAAGGUCAAAAUCACCAGUUCGUCGCCGCAGAUGAUAAUUGAAAUCGACGUGGAAGAGGUUGAGAUCAAGGUCGAAAUCACCAGCUCGUCGCUGCAGAUGAUGAUUAAAAUCGAUGUGUUGCAGAAUGAUGAUUAAAAUCGAUGUGUUGCAGAAUGAUGGUGUCAGAUAUGAAGUGCUUCAACUGUCCGCAAAUGGCCUGAGCAGUUGACUAGUGGCAGUAUCCGAUGGCGUUCAUGGAGUAGUAAUGUUGUAUUCAAUAUCCGAUAGCCUUUCAAAAACUGAAUUAUAUGUUAUUGCUUAGUGACAUUUACGGGUCAGUGAGAAGUUCAGGAUGCAUUCUUCUAUUGCUAUGACAGGAAUUUUACAUGAGAGUUUUUGUGCUUUUUGGUGUAUGAUCAUGGCGCACAUGUCUCUUUCAAAACUUUUCUUGUAACUAAAGAUCUGUUUUUUGUAACUGUUGAGAGGCUGUAAUUGUAUUAUGUUCCUCCUAAUACAGCUAGAUAAUUCCGUAGUUAUUCCAUUAUGUAUUUAAUUUUUGUUUCACUUUAA